GAAGAAGAAGAAGAAGAAGAAGAAGAAGAAGAAGAAGAAGAAGAAGAAGAAGAAGAAGAAGAAGAAGAAGAUGUGGCCGGUCUGCAGCUGCUAAGAGACGGGACCAUCCGAACCGGUACCUGGAUGACGUCAGCAGGGGGACCAGCAGAGUCGCGAGAAGGAUUAAAGGCGCCAGCGAUGCUGCAGCUCCCCCUGGUGGUGACGGCCCGGCUGGACCUCGUUCUGGUUCUGGUGACCCUGCUGUCUCUGUGGACCCGGCUGAAAGGGCUGGGCGACCCGGGCGCCGUGGUGUUCGAUGAGGUCUACUACGGCCAGUUCCUCUCGCUCUACAUGAAGAGAACGUUCUUCAUCGACGACAGCGGUCCGCCGCUAGGCCACGCCCUCCUGGCUCUGGGAGCUCACCUGGGCGGAUUCGACGGGAACUUUGUCUGGAACCGAAUUGGAGCAGCCUCUCUGGUUCAUGAGGUGUGUUGGUUUUGCAUCGCAGCGUAUCCCUGCAGCCUCAGCGUGUGGAGCCUCCGGCUGCUGCCGGCUCUGAGUGGAGCGCUGUGCGUCCCGCUGGGUUACCUGCUGACUCUGGAGCUCAGGUGUUCUCACCUGUCAGCCCUGGGAGCCGCUCUGCUGCUACUGCUGGAGAACUCUCUGAUCGUCCAAUCACGCUUCAUGUUGCUGGAGUCGUUGCUCAUUUUCUUUGUCCUGCUGGCGUUCUUCUCAUACCUCCGCUUCCACAACACACCUGGCAUGUGCUGGUCCAGGUACGGCUGGCUCCUCCUCUCAGGUGUGUCGUGUGCAGCUGCUAUCGGGGUGAAGUACACGGGCCUGUUCUCCUACCUGCUGCUGCUGGCCGUGGCCGCGCUGAACAGCUGGAAACUAAUUGGAGACCGGGCCCAGAGUCAUAUGAGUGUGUGUGUUCAGUGUGGUUAUAAGAUUCUGUGCCUGCUGGUGGUUCCGGUUCUGCUCUACGUAUUCUGGUUCUACGUCCACCUGAGCGUCCUCCAGCGCAGCGGACCACAUGACCAGCUGAUGAGCUCCGCCUUUCAGGCCACCUUGCAGGGCGGUCUCUCCAGGGUCACACGGGGUCAGCCGCUGCAGGUGGCGUUCGGUAGUCAGGUGACCUUACGAAGCUCCGCCCCCCGGCCCGUCCCCUGCUGGCUCCACUCGCACAAAGCCAACUAUCCAAUCAGGUAUGAAAAUGGGCGGGGCAGCUCCCACCAGCAGCAGGUGACCUGCUACGCCUUCAAGGACGUCAACAACUGGUGGAUCAUCAAGGACCCGGCCAGACAGGAGCUGGUGGUGGACUCUCCGCCCCGACCCGUGCGACACGGUGACAUCAUCCAGCUGGUCCAUGGGAUGACAUCACGCCUCCUCAACAGCCAUGAUGUGGCCGCGCCCAUGAGUCCUCAUGCUCAGGAGGUUUCUGGAUACAUAGACUUCAACGUGUCCAUGGCAACCCAGAACCUGUGGAGGCUGGAGAUCUACAACAGGGAGGCGGAGUCAGAGGAGUGGAAGACGAUCGUCUCUGAGGUCCGAUUGGUCCACGUCAACACUUCAGCUGUCCUCAAGCUGAGCGGCCUGCCUCUUCCAGACUGGGGUUUCCGUCAGAUGGAGGUCGUGGCAGAGAAGCUGCUGAAGGCUCACAGCGGCAGCCUGGGCUGGACGGUGGAGGAGCACCGAUACGGAACCAGUCAGGAGCAGAAGGACCGGGAGGCGGAGCUUCACUCUCCGACACACAUUGACGUCGACAGAAAAAUCUCCUUCUGGUCCAAAUUCAUGGAGCUCCAGUGGAAGAUGCUGACCGUGAAACAGGAAGAGUCUGAACACAAGUACAGCUCCGCCCCUUUAGAGUGGAUCACCAUGGAUACCAACAUUGCGUACUGGCUCCACCCCUCGUCCAAUGCUCAGAUCCAUCUGAUUGGUAACCCGGUGUCAUGGGGCGUGGCCAACCUCAGCCUGCUGGCCUAUCAGUUGCUGGCGGCGCUGUACCUGCUGAGGAGGAGGCGGGGCUUCAAAGACCUACCUGAUGGUGUGUGGCAGCGGUUUGCAUCUGUGGGCCUGGUCUGCGGCGGCGGGUGGGCAGUGAACUUCCUGCCCUUUCUGCUGAUGGAGCGGACUCUCUUCCUCUACCACUACCUGCCCGCCCUCUGCUACUUGUACCUGCUGAGCCCCGCCCUGCUGGAGCACAUACACACUCACCUGCUCAGCAGCGGGACGUCCCGCCACAUGCUGAGCGUCUGCACGACGGCUGUCCUGCUGUCUAUCUUCCUGUCCUACUGGACCUUCUGUCCUCUCACCUACGGAAACCCCGAGCUGACAGCCAAUCAGUUGCAGGCGCUGAAGUGGAGAGACAGCUGGGACAUCCUGUACCGCCGCCGCUGAGACAUUGACAGACAGAAGGAGACACAGACAGACUGAGAGACUGGUCUUUACGAGCCAAUCCUGAAUGCACCAUCAGCUUUAGCCAUGUGACCUGAUGAUGUAACAGUGAUGGCUGUUAAAACAAUAAGAG